AUGGAAGCAGAUAAUAAUCUAGCAAUCACGGUCGAAAGAAUCAUGGCGCGAAAUGGGGUAGACAUUGGCCUCCAUAAGCCAGAUUAUACUUCCCCUUUAUCAGAGUAUGUUCUGCAGGCGGAAUUACCCCCCAAGUGGAAAGUUCCUAAAUUCACCAAGUUUUCUGGGGAUACUAGUGAAUCCACUGUAGAACACGCGGCCAGAUACCUCAUAGAGGCGGGGGAAAUUGCAAACAAUGAGAGUCUUAGGAUAAAAUAUUUCCCAAGUUCUCUUACGGAGAAUUCCUUUACGUGGUUCACCAUAUUACUAGUGAACUCCAUUUACACUUGGACUUCUUUGGAAAGACUGUUCCAUGAGAAAUUUUACAUGGGGCAGUCGGAGAUAAGUCUGAAAGAGUUAUCCAGUAUCAAACGAAUGUUUACUAAGUCAAUAGAUGAUUACCUGAACAUGUUUCGUCUACUUAAGGCAAGAUGUUUUACGCAAGUUCCUGAGCAUGAAUUGGUCAAAAAAGCCGCUGGUGGCCUCGACUAUUCUAUUAGGAAAAAGUUGGAUACACAAUACCUGAGAGAUAUGGCCCAGUUGGCUGAUAGACUUCGACAUGUGGAGCGUUUGAAGGAUGAGAAAUCCAGAGCAAACAAAAACAAUAGGAAGGAUAGAAUAGCCUAUGUCGAAUUAGGCAACAACAAACCUGAAACGUUUGGGGAACAUGUAGAUUUCGAUGAAGGUGGGAUCGACCUUGUUGAACUAAAGCAAGGACCACCCUAUUCCUACAAAGUCCUAACUCCUUCAAGCGGAAAAAAUCCAGUCGAACCAGAUAAGGAUACUAGGUUCCCUAAGAAGACUUAUACCUUCGAUGUUACUAAAUGUGGCAAAAUCUUUGAUUUACUUCUUAACGAUUGGCCAGAUGAUAGUGCGUCCUGA